ACCCCAAUGCCUUCUUCAGUUCUUCCUCUUUCCACAUUAAAAUUUCCCAAAACCCUAGAUUUUGCAAUUGAAGCAUGAGCCUUCAAUUGUUUCGCUCAUUUCGCUACUGCAGCAAAGUCAUUCAUGGCCGUUCAUUCCUCUCCUCUUUCUCAACACUGCAUUGGGAACCUGAAAGCUGCACUCCUUCCGACGACUUACAGGCCUGCUUUCCAUCUGCUAUAGAUGAUGCAUCAGAAAUAGAAUUUGAUGAACUUGUAGAUGACAGAGCUGCUAAGGAGAAACACACUGCAUUGCAUGGUGCUCUAACACAACUUGCGAGUGAAUUUGGGAAAGAGUGCAGGCUAUCUUUGCCAAAUUUCUUUAUUCCGCGUUGCGCUUCAGUGAUAUCCACAGGAUCCUUAAAGCUUGACCUGGCUCUUGGGAUAGGAGGUUUACCAAAGGGGAGAAUUGUCGAGAUUUUUGGAAAGGAAGCCUCUGGAAAAACAACACUUGCACUUCAUGUGAUUAAAGAAGCCCAAAAGCUUGGAGGUUUUUGUGCAUAUCUUGAUUCUGAAAAUGCUAUGGAUCCCAUGCUUGCUGAAGCCAUUGGUGUUGAUACAAAGAAUCUGCUUAUAUCAUGUCCAGAUUCAGCUGAGAACAUGCUUAGUGUAGUUGAUAAAUUGACCCAAAGUGGGUCAUUAGAUGUGAUUGUGGUUGAUAGUGUAGCAGCUCUUGUUCCACAGUGUGAGCUUGAUGGUGAAAUUGGAACUGGUGAACCCGAUGCCCUUUCAAAAAUAAUGACCAAGGCACUCAAAAGGAUUCAUUACUCAUUAUGUCGAUCAAAAACACUCAUCAUAUUUCUUAAUCAGGUAAGAUACAGUCCAAGAUCCAAUCAGGGUCCUGGUAUGAGGGAUGAGAUAACUUGUGGUGGGAAUGCCCUGGGAUUCUAUGCUGCCGCACGAUUGAGAAUUUCAAGAACUGGACUAUUAAAGCUGAAUGAUGAGGUGACUGGCAUCAAGAUAUGUGUUCAAGUGAUGAAAAAUAAAUUAGCACCAGGAAUGAAGAGCACUGAAUUGGGAAUUAACUUUGGAAGAGGAUUACGCUUUGAACCUGAGGUCUUAGAAUUGGCUAUUGAGCAUGGUCUGAUUAUAAAGCAAGGUGAUAGUUAUCUGAUUGAGGGGGAAUCUGUUAGCAGUGAGCAUGCCGCUGAAAGAUAUUUGGCAGAAAAUGAGGUAGUUUUGGAGAAAGUGGUAAUGGACUUGAGACGUCAGUUAUUUGACAGGAAUUCCUGAUUGCCUUGUAUAGUUGUAUCAUUGGUUUGAUAAUCUUUGCUACACUUGAUUAUUACUGUGAAGUCAGCAAGUCACUGCUAUCCUGUGGUAACAUUGCUAGAGGAUCCGUGUGAAGCAUGUAUUACUACUAUUCGUCUACUUGGGGCAGGUGUUAAUCGGAUUCGGAUGCUCUCCUCUAUCUAGGAGUUAGAAAAUCAGAACUGUGGUUUCAGGAGAAUUUUAGUGUUUCAAACUGUGCUCUUGUCUGAUCCUGCUCUCUGUGUAAUGAAGCUGAUUCUUUCAUGGAACAAAGGGGUCCAUUAAAUUUAAGUGUUUCUGCAGAACCUUCUACCGUGUCGAGCUCUUGUUCUUUUUUUUUUUUUUUUUUUUUUUUUGGUAGGUUAAUGAACCUCCCUCCCUUGUAUUCCCCUUUAUUUGAAACGAUACAAUGACAUCAAUCUUCAGCGCUGUGCAUUUGUAUCUAAAUACAAGUACUAGAUUAGGAUUGCUAACAUUAUUGCUUGUGUAAUAUAACCAACUCUGUUCCUUACAAGCCUUUGUAGAACUUUGAAAAUGCUAGAUCUUGUACUUCAUUAUGUUUUGUGCGUUAUGUCCUCUGAUUUUUUGGUUGUACCGUGCUUUUAUGAGAAUUUCAUCUAAGUUUGUCAUUUUUUAUGUACGUUAUAAAAUUUUCUUUGGGUGUGAGUUUCCGCGCCCAAAUCGUAUCUUAUACCAUUGUGUAGAUUGUGUAUCA